GUCAACUGUCACUUUUCGUCAUCAACGAUUUGUCACUACUUUAUCAGUUGAUUGUGUAUCUCAUUUUGAGCUAAAAAUAUAUGGAAAAACCCUUGCUUUGUCGAAAGUAAUAUAUACAAAGGAUUCAGAAAAUAUAGUAGUAACCUAAACAAUGUCUAAGUUCGAGGAUAAUCCGUUUGAGGACCCUACCAUAGACAACCCAUUUGCUGACCCUGCCGUCCAGCAAGUUGCGAGAAGUACAAACAAUGCGACACAAGGUCUCGACGAUUACAAUCCCUUCGAUGGGCAGCCUAACGCAAAUCAACCCACGGUCCAACAACCACCACAGCCAGCGAUCAUGCAGGCAGUGUCCCCGCCCACAAACACACAGUUUGUUGGAGGUGGCAACAGGCCAUCCCAACAGCAGCCGCAAGGGCCGCCCAACAAUAACCUCACUGCUGACCUUUUGAGGCGGCAAGAAGAACUAGAACGUAAAGCGGAGGAGCUAGCCAGGCGCGAGGCAGAACUCCGGGCCGGGUCCGCCGGCAGACGGAACAAUUGGCCGCCAUUGCCGGGCUUCUGCCCUGUGCAACCGUGCUUCUACCAGGAUAUAAAUGUGGACAUACCAUUGGAGUUCCAGAGGAUCGUGCGGCACCUGUACCAUCUGUGGAUGUUCCACGCGCUGAUCCUUGCCCUAAACAUCGUCGGCACAAUGUGCCUCAUGUUCGCGGGCGAAGGCUUCACCGUGUUCGGUCUGGCCAUCCUCUACUUCGUGCUACUGACUCCCUUCAGCUUUAUCUGCUGGUACCGACCCAUCUACAAGGCGUUCAGGAGCGACUCCUCCUUUAACUUUAUGGUGUACUUCUUCAUAUUCCUGUUCCAAAUCAUUAUUGCUGUGGUGCAGAGUGUUGGGUUCAAUGGAAGUGGUUAUUGCGGUUUGAUCACCAGUAUCGCCAUAUUCCAGACGAACAUUGGUGUCGGUAUCAUCACCAUUCUGAUCACCAUCGGCUUCAUCACCAGCGCCGUGGCCGAUGUUAUGCUCAUGGCUAAGGUGCACCGCAUCUACCGAUCAACGGGAGCGUCGCUCGCCAAGGCGCAGACGGAGUUCACGACGGAGAUCCUCCGCAACCCGCACGUGCAGACCGCCGCGUCCAGCGCGGCCGCCGCCGCCGUCAACGCGCAGAUCGCGCAGGCCAACCGCUACUAGCCGAAUUGAAACAGACGGACCGCUCCAAACGUGCAUUUAGAAAUACGCAACGUACACUGGAAAUGAACUAGUGGUAAUUCGCUUUUUCUCUUUGUUCACGAAGCAUGUAAAUAUGAUUAUUCAUAUUUACACUUUUCGUGGGCUUUUUCGACGUAUUUAUUGUUGUAUGUUAUGUCACCAUGCAGAGACAUGUUCGAAGAGCUAAACGUUAAGCGUAAGGCUAGUCGGAGUAAUUGCGACUAUGGGGUAAAUUCAAGUAUUCAGAAAUACAUUUAAAUAAUAAAAGUUUCUUAACCUUAUAAAAUUUAAAGUACGGCUGACUGCGCCAUGGAUGAAAUUGCCAAUAUCACGAUCCGAUACUUGUAUUUCUAGUGUAGUGGCUCCAAGGCUGCCCAAUGCAAUGCCUCGAGAUUUUACUCGACUCGUGAGAAUAUGUGUUGAAACUGGCCGGUCAUGUCUCUGCUUGGUAAUUAUUCGUGAUCUAAUUGUUGUAUGAAAAUCAAGUCAAUGAUCAAAUAAUUGCGGCAUCCAGAAAUUUAGUAUAUGUAAAUUCUCCGACGACAAACUUUUUGUUUGUUAUUAAUAGCUGUUGCGGUCAGUGGACAGCCAAAUUGACAAGAGGGCUGUGUGUGUAAUCGUAAUAUCGAUAAUUAUUACUUAUUUAUUAUGACUUAUAAAAAUAAUUUUGUAAUAUAAUAAUGGGCUGCUUCCAAAAGCAGUGUAUCACAAAAAGUCGCAUUUUAUAGACUUCGUAUUUUGGGGGUUAUAAAGUACAACAUUACUUUUAGAAGUGUCCAAAAUAAUGCGUAGUGUAAAGAGCGGAUCACAAAAUAAAUGUGAGCUAGUAUUUUACGUUUUAUACUACACCUAUUAUAGCGAAGAUUUAUGUAACAAUUAAAAUUGUGUUGCACUGUUUUUCAAUAUCACUUUGUUUUGAGUAUAUCUUAUUUUAGUGUUAAGCAUCGCCAAUAAAAUUAAAUUGUUAAGUUGAUUGCUAAUUUUAUGAACAUUUUAAAUAAUGUGAGCUUAAUGAUGCUUUAAUGUUCUACAAAGCCUUAUUGAAAUUAUGUUUUACGUUGGGUCGCGGUGGCUCUUAUACUUAAAGACCUGUUGGUUUUUCUUUACUUAUGUUACGAAAAGCUCCAGGAAAUUAUUUUGAAUGCAGUGAAAAAUAUUUAUUGAAAGGUCAGUCUGGGCAGCAGUAACCCUAAAGUUAAAAAUGUAAAUACCCAGAAAUAUAAGUACGUGGCGAUCUAAGGGCCUAACCAAGAUGACUAUCGUUCACAGAGAAACGAAACGCUAUCUGUCUCUAUCGCACUAAUACGGAAGAGUGAUAGAGACUAGCGUUUCAUUUCUUAAGUGUGCUUUAUUUGUAUUUCAUUGGCAGUUAAAUAUGCCCCAUGGUUGUAAUUGCCCCGACUGAUAUUUUAUGGGAUUAAAAUAUUAAGUUCAUCAAAGUGCGAUUUUAGUAUUUAUGUCAGUUAUUAUUUUUUUAUUUGCGCACUUUUUGAGCUGAGCCUUACUAGAUUUUAUUACUUUAUAGAAUGCCCUUGUAACCUAUACUAGUAAUAUAUAAGAUAAAGGGGUGUUCACAUUAGUUUUUGCUUCAUCGUUUGUAUCCACAGAUAACUUAUUUUUGGCAAUUAUGUGAACAUUCCAAAGCGAACUGUCUAAACAAAAUGUAAAUAUUUUAUAUCUUUAAUUUAUAUAUGUCCAUGUAAAUUAGGUCUACAUAUAGCACUUACUGUUUAUUAGUAUUCAUGGUUAAAUACCAUUCAGUGUGGAUUUGGUAGGUUUGAACUGAUUAAUAUAAAUCAUUCGGUUUAGCCUAGUUUUGAUAUAGUAAUAAUAUAUAAAGGUAAAGAGCAAUCCGCAAUCUGGCUUUCUUUUUUUUACUGACACUUAAAUAAGCCGCUAAAUCUUAAUUACAUUUUACAAAACUUAAAAUUGGGGUAACGUAUGUCACCAUAUUAUAGGAAGCAAUUGAAUUGACAUAGUCAUAUGAAAUAUCAAUUAAAACUUUCAUAUUUUUAUAGUUGCCCCAAGUUUUUUCACAUCCCUUUUUUGUAAAUUAGCUAGUAUCCUAAACUAACCCAACAAUAACUUUUAUUACAAGUAGGUAGUAAAAUAGUCCAUUACCCAUAAUGACAAUCCAAUCGGCCUUAAUACCUAUGUUCCGAGUUGUUUCAUAGUAGCACAACACAUCAUAGAGACAUUGUUGUAAAAAAAAAUAGCUUAGUUUUCUUUUAAGCCGAACUAGUCACCUGACUACGCAAUAGAGUCAAUAACAUGCCUAGCGCGGUAAACUUACGGCAAACAUAUGACCAGGGGCCUAUCGCGAAAACUGAAAUUCGCAAAUUGCGGAGAUCUUUCUCUUUUACUCUCUCUCUAAGACGUAAUUAGAGUGACAGAGAAAAAUGCCCGCAAUUGACAAACUUCGAUUUUCGCGAUUGUAGAUAGCCCAGAGGUUUUCUUUUUGACCGCCUGCGGUGUGUUCCUACAGAAACGUCCUCUUGUAGCCGUAACGGGUCGUAAUGGUUGCCUUGCAGUGUGUGACCGCGACAACGCUUUGCAUGUAAUAACGAUGUCCCACUCACACGUCACGCCGAAGACGGCCUUACGGCGCGAGGUAAUGUAAAAGUUAUAUGAACCGUUUUCCUGUAUCAGCGCAGUAAUGCCCCGAUUUUACUUUUUAAUAUGAAAUUAAUUUUAACUAGUCUCAACAGAAACAUUUUAAAAAUUUGGCCAUCAUAAAACUGGCGUUAUUAAUGAGAUUAUAACAGGAAACAAUAGUGUGUUAUGGUACUACAACCAAUUAAAUGAAGUAUCAAGUAUCAACCAAGUAAUGGAUCGGGGUACGUCCUUAAACUACGUCCAAAAGAGAGGUAUGGGCAGUUGCUCUAGAUGUCAUUCCACAUCUAGAGCAGAGCCCAACUGGGGAAGUACCUCCACCUUACAGAAAACAGCAGCCAAAUAACACUAGUCCCUACUCAUAGUGUUGUGUUCCUGCCGGCGAGUAAGGUUGCCAGAGCUCAACGAGGGGGGGCGGGUUUAGGGUCGGCAACGCGCAUGUAACUCCUCUGGAGUUGCAGGCGUACAUAGGCUACCGAGACUGCUUACCAUCAGGCGGGCCGUAUGCUUGAUUGCCACCGUCGUAGUAUUAAAAAAAAUCUAAAGGAGGCUUGUUAAAUAUGUAUGUCCAGUUAAUAGAUUACCUUCUAAUAAUCAUGUAAGUCAGGGUAUUACUGCUGGCAUAUAUCUGGGCCUAGAAUGUAAAUUAUUGUAACCGUCCUCCCCGGAAGAAGGCGGGUCUAUCUGAACGUUUAACUGUUUUGUAACUUAAGUCAUGUUAUAUACUUAUGAUUAAUUAAUAAAUAUAGUUUCAAUUAAA